CAGACAAGUAUUCAAAUCAAACUUACUUUUACUAACAGAAUUUUUAUUUUUCAGUCAUGGCACCAAGGUAUGAGAUGUGUGUUGGCCUAAGUAAAGGCCACAAAGUGACAAAAAAUGUGACAAAACCAAGGCCAUCUAGAAGAAAGGGGGCUCUCACAAAACACUCCAAAUUCAUCAGAGAAAUUGUUAGGGAAGUGUGCGGCUUUGCACCAUAUGAAAAAAGAGCCAUGGAGUUAUUAAGGGUUUCCAAAGAUAAACGAGCACUGAAGUUCAUCAAGAAAAGAGUGAGUAGUUACAAACAUAUAAAAUAAUGAUUAUAUUUUGUACACAAAGCUUUAUUUUGUAGUU